AUGUUUUGGUUAACUUAUUUGGUGCUCUUUGCGCCAUUGCAAUGGCUAAGUUCAGCACAACUGAACUAUAUGGAUCUAUAUAAAAAGAUAGCCAAAGUGAGGAUACUGCGAGAGAUGGAGUUCAACAAGCACGUUUAUGAGACGCACAGUAAGGCCAGCCUCAUACUUUUUAUAGACUCUGACUCUGACGAAAAUGUGAGAACGGCACAGGAUUUCGACGCCUUAAUAUCUAGACUGGAAAAGUGGGAGCUCUUGCUCUCGUUUUUUGUGUUCGACUGCAGCCACAAGAACAAUGCCGACCGUUGUCACGAUUUAGGCGUAAAGAGGCGACCCGAACUGCGUUUCAUUGGCGAUGAAGGCGCCAAGCAGGCUGAGGGAAUAAAAUUUAAAACAACCACUGCACAGAAGAAUGCAUUUAAAUCGCUGGAUCCGAAGGAUGUUCUCAAAGUCCUGCCAAACCUUAUGGAAAACUACAGCUUUGAAAUGAACACUGGCGUGAAUUUUAGGCCAAACGAGGCAGCCUUUCGCACGAAACAAGUCUUUGGAAAACGAAAUAUAACCCAUUUGGCAGUCGUCUGGCAGCCGGAUAAGUCUACUCUGGGCCGGGACACAAUCCUCGAGCUGCUCAACUUUCCCGUGCACGUGCGUACUUACAACGAGAAGGGGGCCGCUCUUGACUGGGGUAUGGAUGGAAAGAACCGUCUGCUGGCGGUCAUUGAUCGCAAAGGACAUGCGGUGCACUUGGUUCCCAGAGAAGCCACUGUGGAGGCCUAUGUGAGCAGCAUAAAGGAACUGUUUCGUUUGAAAGGCCAUCUGCCAGCUGAGCGCAGCCAAAUUUAUUUAUUUAGAAACAUUCCCAAUGUAGUGCUGCUUAAUGAUGCUUCCAGCUUCGAUAGCCUCCAUCAGCCGCCACUCAGGAAAGCCAGUCUUGUGCUCUUCAUAGACUCUACCUCUGAGGACAGCUGGGGAAUUGCAAAUCGCUACAGAAUGUUGGAAAUUUUCUUGAGGAAAUGGCAGCGACUGCUUUCCCUCUUUGUGUUCGACUGUGCGGCCAGCCAGGCUGAAAGUUGUCGAGCACUGGGAGUCCUGCAAUUACCAGAGCUCUACUUUAUUUGCGCUACUGGAGAGAAACACGCGCGUUUCAGCAGAAAACUGGACUCCCUCGACUCCUCUUCAAUACAAAGUGAGCUGCAAACUUUAUUGCCGAAUUGUAAUUUCGAUGAAAACCGAACGGGAGUGCAUUUCCAGCCCCUAACCGAUCCUUCCGCAAUACAGCGCCUCUUCGGCGUUGGAAAUAUUGAGUAUACGGCUGUGGUGUGGCAGCCGCCGAAUUCUACGGUCGGACAUGACACGAUCCUGGGACUGUUGGCUUUCCCCGUCCACGUGCGCAUCCUCACCGAUCCCCAAGUAGCUGCCGAGUUCGGAAUGGAUGCAGGGCACAAUCAAAUCGUUCUCCUCGAUCGUCACGGCCAUAGGGUGCACUUGGCCCUCCUUUCAAAACAUGAACCAUUCAUCAAGAGUGUGACGGACCUCUUUCAGUUUAUCAAUUACAAACCCAAAUCAAGCAUCAACAACAGCCCAUACAACUAUUUCUAA